AUGAUUAUAUUUCAAAUCAUAGUGUUAGUAUUAUUUAUUAGUAGAAAAUCUCAAUCUGCACAGUAUGGACCGGAAACAAAUGCGCUAAUUAAUUUGGUAAGUUUCACGGGUAAUAUCAAAACGUUGAGAUCGCUUAAUGAAUCUGAUUGUGAAAUUUCAAACAAACAAACUUUCACAAUUCCAAAGUUGUUAAAUAAUGACGAGGAACGAAUUAAGGCACAUCUUUACGAAAAAAUGCGUAAUAAACUGGAAGAUCUUCAUUGUACAUACGCGUACUUCGCCAAACUUCAUUUGGAUCAUUUACACGCAAUUUUAGAUUAUAAUUUGUUUGAUGAAGAAAUAUUUGAAAUGGUGGAAAAAUUAAUAUCAUCGUAUCGGUAUUUGGCAAAAAAAUCAAUAUUGACAUUAAUAAUAAACUUAAACUACAAACCACACGAUCGGAUGUGGGAAUUGAUUUAUUUUUUACAAAAACCCGAGAAAAGAGAAGAUUUUUUAAAA